AUGGUGACGGGAACUCGGGAGGUCGUCGCCGACACGCCUGCCCAUCCGAUACCGGAACAACCAAAGGAAGGAGAAGAGACCUCUUCCCCAAGGAUGGACCAGGGUGUGGGGGCAGCGGAAGCGCCGUUACUCACUCUGGAGGAAAACCUGGAGGACCAACAGUCCAGCCAGCUUGACUGGGAACCAGAAGCUGUGGAAGGAUGGAAGGAGGUACCACCAACAGUAGCCGGAAGGAAGAGGAAGGAAAGAGAGAAUCUGGACCCUCGGACGGAGAACACUGAGAAGGAGGACUCCAAGGUGAGGAGGGUGGAGCCCAUGAGCCCACCCCCAACGACCCUAGAAGAAGGGGAGAUGGAGGGAACGCCACCCCCAUCUUCCCAGGUUGCCGAUUCCUCCUCGUACUCCCGAGACGAGGAACCCGCACAGGCAGGGACCCCCGACACUCCACGGAGGUAUCCGUUAAAGAGGCCACCACGGCCGAAGUCUCCCCCGGGAAAUCCGAGACGGUCCAACCGUCGGAGGAGGAUCUGGGGGGGACUGAAGUAG